AUGGCGCCUGCCCUGUCGGCUUCCGUCUUUUCUCUGCCUCUGCCCUCCUGGCUGCAGCCGACGAGCACUCGUGUCGCGCAAUAUGAUCGACGAAAACGCAAGAAGAGUGACGACUGGACCGACGAGGAGGGCGAUGGCGCAUAUACAACGGAUGCCACGUCAGCCGGAGAGUCUGAGACCGCUGGACCAUCGCUGAUUUUGACGCCGAAUGAAUCUCAUCAAUAUCGGAUUGCUGGCCUCUCUCUCGACCAGGAACUGCCCGGAGGGCAUUUCCCCCACGGGCCAGCAAAGGUCGACUAUCCUAGGAAGGACGCAACCCUACUGAGCCAUCAUCUCCGCGAGCUAUCUUCUUUAUCCACCCCCGUCUACCCUCCCCAGUCUGCGGCUCACCAAGGCACUAUCCGACUCCAGCAUUUGUCGGUAUUAACCGCCAUUCUGCAUAAGUGUCUCCUCCAAGGCGACUAUAUUCGAGCUGGAAGGGCAUGGGGUCUUAUUUUGCGAGAAGAAUUUCGUGGCUUCUCAAUGGAUGCGCGUAGUGAAGGACGAUGGGGGAUUGGGGCUGAGAUUCUGUUACGUCGCGGCCAACAAGAAGCGUCACAGCAGGCUUCUCGCUCCUUGUCCGACACAUCCUCCAGCCAGGAUCGGACGGCUUUGCCAUUCACCAAGGCGGGCUUUGAAGAAGCCAAGGAAUACUACGAAAGGUUGAUCUUGAAUCAUCCAUAUUCAAAAAGUGCCCCACAAGCGGUAUCUGCCUUGAGCUUUUACCCUGCGAUGUUCGGACUGUGGAUCUACGUCACCCAGGAGGAGAGUCAAGCGGCCAGAAACAAUAUCACCCUUGAUAGCGAGGACUCCUCGGAUGAGCUCUCCGGCGACGAAGGCUCUCCAGCCGAUGGCGAUCGCCGAGGCUCAAAAAAAAGCCGGAUUCUCGUUGCUGAUAUACGACGGCGAGAACUGGAGGAGGCGCAAAAGAUUGCGACCCGGAUAGACAUGCUCCUUGCGACUCCUCCCUAUUCUGAUUCAUCAGAGCUGCUGGAGCUACGAGGCAUGGUAUCGCUUUGGGUUGGUGAUUUGCUCGUUUCUUCUCUAGCCACUUCACCCGGUUCUGUAGACGAGUAUGAUCCGGAUGCGAUGCAUAUGGAUGAAUCGCCAUUCUCCAUAGAAGCCAGACAUGAGCAGAGGCUCGCUCUGGAGAAAAGGGCAGCGGAGAUCAAAAAAUCAGAAGCUUUCCUCGAGAAAGCGCAGAAACGUGGGCGAGGCGUUGCAUAUAAUCUAGCGCAUCUCCAUCUCGACGAAGAUUCGACUUUUGAAUGA